CGUACCAGCAGCAGCUCUUUUGUACAAAUAAAGCCCGAAAAAGUGCAUAAAACCGAUCGAAACCCGCUUCCGGUUGAAACCCUCACCGGAAGAAGCCCCCGCAACGAUUGCCGUAGUUCGUACCGGGUCGCAAAAGUGUAAAAAUCGUGCAUCGAAAAUUGUGCAGCAGCCCAUCGCAGGAAGGCGAGCUGUUCUAGAACAAACUCGACAUCUCCGUCGCGGGGUGAUUGCCAUUGUGGUCGUGUGCGGGUAUUUGUGUGCGUGAGAGAGGAGGAAGCACAAUCCGCGAGAAGCAGCUGGUUGGAGACGAAGGAAAACACUUCGAGUGUGAGGAAGCUUCAUUGAAGUGCGAAAUUGACCGAAGGCGGUGUGCGGAAGAAGCAAAGCUCAGAAAUUAAAGGAACAGUUCUGACAGAAUAGACCAAGAUCACCGGCGCGAUGUCUCAACAGCAACCAUCUCAGCCCACGGUGCGGCACAUUCCGAUCUUUGUCGAGGGACGAUCGGAGCCGUUGGUGAAUAAGGUGCCGGAAACUCAGCCGAGUAACAAUUCCUCGUCCAGUUCGAUUCCGGAGAUGCCUCGGAUGGACAUGCCACGCAUGGAUAUGCCUUCGCAUAAUACCAACGACUUCUUCAAGCAUGGGUCCAUCUUUGACAAAGCGCGUGAUUUUCCGGUGAGGAGUUUCGGCAAUUCGUCCAUUUUCAACAAGACCAGUCCGGCUCGGGAAGCGUCACCGGCCAGGCAAGUUCCUGUAUUUACAGAUGCUUCGUCAACAGUGCCUCCGUCGCAGCAGCAGCCGCAUUCGGCUUCACAACACCAGCAGUCACAGCCUCGUGGUUCAUCUCAACCACGGCAAACUCCGUCUCCUCCGACCGCUGCCCAGCAGCAACAGCAAUACCAACAGGAGCAAGCCCAGCGGUAUCAGCAGUACCAGCAAGAACAACAGCAAGCGGAUAAACAGCAGCAGACAGCCCAUGAUCAGCCGGAUUCACAGUCUAAACCGAUGCCACCUCCGGCGAAUGAUCCGAUCGGCAAAAUUCAAAACAUCCAGCGAGACGUUCUGCAGAUCUUCGACCAGGUGGAAAAGUUCCAGGGCAGCAAGGAAGGCAAAAAGGACAAAUCCUACAUUUUCUUAGACGAGAUGCUGACUCAGAAUCUGCUAAAGCUGGACUCGAUCGAUGCCGAAGAUCAACCGCAAAUCAAAUCCGCCCGCAGGGAAGCUAUCAAGAGCAUAAACCACUGCAUCGCCGUCCUGGAGGCCAAAGCGGAAGCUGCCGGUUCCGCAGCGACUGACGCCAGUGAGUCUACCAAUAGCGGUGAACAGCAGCAAGUGCCUAAUGGAACGACUGCUAGAACCGGUUCCGGUGCUUCUCUAUCGCAUUCUUCGUCCAAUUCUUCUAGUCAACAGCACCAGCAGUCGAAAUAGACACUGUAAGAUUUUUCCUUCUAUACCAAGAUCCUUUCAUAACCACACACUCGUUCUUCAAAUUUCAACCAAGUUAGCGUACACACAGAUAUUAGAAAUUAGUAUGAUGAUUGCUACACUCUGCUGCUAUUACCUACUAUAGCCCUAUAUAUUCUUACGGUUCUUAUAGUGACGUGUUACUUGGAUGCGAGCAACAAUUGCUAGUAGAGAGACUUUUGUACCACGAAAUUUUGUAUCCAUCGAGGAUUUUUAGAAAACAAACACAUUGUAGAUAACGAGCAAAUCGCAAACUAACCAAAAUUUAAUAGUAUUUUUUUUU